AUGGCAGAAAAAUUAGUCGAACUCAAACAACUCAGUAAAAGAUAUGAUAAUAAGACCGUUUUAAAUAAUGUCUCCUUUUCCGUUCGGCAAGGAACUAUCCAUGGUUUUAUCGGUCCUAAUGGAGCCGGUAAAUCAACCACCCUUAACAUCUCGGUGCGUUUAGUUUUGCCAAAUAGCGGCGAAGAAUAUAUUGAUUUUAAGUCCGUGAAAAACGACCCUCGUUUUAAUGAACGACUGGGUUUUAUUCCGGCCGAACCUAAAUUCCCUAGUCUUUCAGUAGAAAAUUAUUUACUAGAUGUGGGUUAUUUACGAGAUAUUCCUAAACAAGAAGUGCUUCGGAAAUUGUCUGGUUCGCCUCUUUCGCAAUUUCGUUAUCAAAACUGUCAUUCUUUGUCGACCGACCCUAGUUUUCGCCAAGACUUAUUUAACAAUUUAAAAAAUAUUCGCGACAAAGGGGGCACUAUUUUAAUGUCCACCCACAUUCUUUCGGAUUUACAAAAACUAGCCGAUGAUAUUACUAUGAUUAAAAAAGGAAGAAUUGUUUACACCGGUGCGAAAACGGCUGAUAUUGAAAAAACUUAUGAAGAUUACUUUGUGGAAAAAGAUCGAAAAUUAUUUGACUUAUAA